AUGUCUUCCUAUGACCUGUGCUCACCCACCCCCUGUGGCCCAACCCCACUGGCAAAUAGCUGCAACGAGCCCUGCGUCAGGCAGUGCCAGGACUCCACGUACGUCAUCCAACCCCCUCCCGUGGUGGUGACCUUGCCUGGACCCAUCCUCAGCUCCUUCCCUCAGAACACUGCCGUGGGAUCCACCACCUCCGCAGCCGUGGGCAGCAACCUCAGCUCUGAGGGAGUGCCCAUCUCCUCCGGCAGCUCCUUGGGAUUCGGCGGCUUUGGGUAUCCGGGCCUGGGCAGUGGGUACAGCCGGCCCUACCGUCGCUACAACACCUACCGCAGUGGCUUCAGUGAGCCGUGCUAA